UGAUCUGUGUGAACUGUCAGGAUGCCUGAACCCGCCAAGUCCGCGCCCAAGAAGGGCUCCAAGAAAGCCGUGACAAAGACCGCCGGCAAAGGAGGCAAGAAGAGGAGAAAGAGCAGGAAGGAGAGUUACGCCAUCUACGUGUACAAGGUGCUCAAGCAGGUCCACCCCGACACUGGCAUCUCGUCCAAGGCCAUGGGCAUCAUGAACUCCUUCGUCAACGACAUCUUCGAGCGCAUCGCCGGUGAGGCGUCUCGCCUGGCUCACUACAACAAGCGCUCCACCAUCACCUCCAGGGAGAUUCAGACCGCCGUGCGUCUCCUGCUGCCCGGUGAGCUGGCCAAGCACGCCGUGUCCGAGGGAACCAAGGCCGUCACCAAGUACACCAGCUCCAAGUAAACACACUGCUCAGACUGGAACCACCUCAUCAACCCAACGGCUCUUUUAAGAGCCACACACUUUAUCUAACAGAGUUCAUAUGAUCUUUAUACAGUGUGGCAACUACGAACACUCGGCACCGAAGACUUACCCUUGCUUAUCUUAAUUGUACCUAUGUAAUAUUUGUCUAUUACAGGGUUCAGAAAGUUUUUGUGUUCUCAUAAUCACAUCAGACGUUCCACGUAUCGUAAAGUCGUGUACUGAGGUCUAUUAAUAAUAGUGUGUGUGUGUAGAAUGUUAUGAC